AUGGUAUACGUGCAUGGGCAUGAGUUGGUUCAUGUAUAGUUUGUCCCCACAAGAACAAAGUAGCUGAAAUGAGCCAAAAUGGAGCAAAAAUGAGUUAAUAGAAGGAUGUUGAGAGCUACAAAGAACUGAGAGCUAAAGAGAGUUAAUAGGUGGUUAAAAUAACGAAAUAAUGAUUGACAAAUGUGUGGAGAUAAAAGAAAGAUUUGCAACAGAAACUAGAGAUCCAUGGAAAAAAACCUAAAAAGAAAGAAAUAAAGGGAACCAUCGAGAAGAUUUGCAACAAAAACUAGAGAUCCAUAGAAGAAAAUAAGAGUCUGAUUAGGUUUGGGAGGUUUGAUUAUUAAGGAAAUUGUUGCUUGUAAUCUAAGGGAUCCAAGCUAAAAACCAAUUUCUCGUCUUCACCGAUCAAUCACACCAAACAGUUCAUCGUUAACAGCAAAACCUCACCUACAAUGAUCAACAAUACCAACAGAAAAAUCAAGAUUGCCAUAAUGAUUGUGAUUUUCUUCUUAUGUGAUUGAUCAAUUACCGGUAGAUCUGGUUGAUCUUAACCUCCUCUUUAUUCUACCAUUUAUUUUCCUUUAUCUUGUUGUACAAAAUUUUUACUUACUUCAACGAAAGUAUGAGGAUGCGGAUGAUGGAAAAAAACAUGAUUAUCUUUCUGUUUCUAUAUUUAUUUAAUUAUUUAGGACUACAUGUCAAAUUGUAUUCCAUUGUUGAUGACAGGUGAUAAUCAAUGUUAGCCUGUUUGAAAAGAAUUUAUAAGUCACAGUAAAAGAAGUUUUGGUUGGUGUUUGAACUUGGGAGAAGAAAAGGUUUAAAAACUGGGAUAUACAUCUUACUUCGUCUUUGCAUUCGUUGAGUUGGUUCACAUUUUGAUUUAGGUGAACUUCUGUUUGAUUGUUCGGGGUAUGAAAAUUUAGCAUAUGUGAUGGGUAGGUAGAUAAGUGAUGGGUAGGUAGAUAAAGGGGUGCCAUUAGUGUUUUCAGGGAUAUAUACAAGAACACCUUAAUUAUUACAUGUGCGUCCCAAAGUUUAAACCUUUGAUGUAGCGUUUGGUGACAAGAAUUAUAAAAACGGGUAGCUAGCUCAGCUGGUCAAUCCCGUUUCUUCAAGGUUUCAUGUGCUCCAAGAGGUCCCAGGUUCGAGUCUCCUAUGGUACAAUAUUGCAAAAUUUAGCAUGUAAGGUAGAGUUAGCUUGCCCCCCUUGUGAUAUAAUCUCAUCCCUUAUCCGCUUCGGUUCCCCUGGCUAGGUUCCUCAUGAAGCUCGCUGGUAGGUUAGCACGACAACCUGUUAAAUUAAUGUAGUAGUACGCUGUUGGAGCUUAGUUUGUUAGGCGAGCUUAGUUUGUUAGGCUUCCAACUAGUUUCUUGUAAUAGUAUUCUUAUCUUAAAAAAUAAAUAUAAAUUAAUAAUUAUUAUUUUACUGAUAAGUUCCGUCGGUCACGACACCAUUAAUUUGGAGGGGUUACAUUGUGUUAAUGUUAUUCUUAUUUAAGAAUAUAUGUAUUGUUUCCUAGUAUAUAGGAUCUUUGCUUUAUCGUAAUAUUGUGCUAUAUAUAUUCAUGAGCUGUGUAACCAGUAUUGAUAUGAUUAUCAUAAUAAGAAUUAUUAUCUUCUCGAUCCUAUAUUUGUGAAGAUGGUAUCUAUGAGAUAGGGUUCUUGAAUCAUGGGUAGUGAUUCAGAAUCAUCUAACCAAAAUAAACCAAAACAAAAAGAGCAGAUGGAAAAAAAAUCUGCUCCUAUUAUCGUUCAAUCUGAAGCUGCAGCAUUCAAGGCAGGGAUUGUUCUUGAUGAAACAAACUAUGAUUUGUGGUCACAAAUCAUGGAGAUGCAUAUCGCUGAAAAAGAAAAAAGCUCCUUUAUUAUGGGAAAGACAAAAAAAACUUACUGAGGAAGAUCCAAGAUAUGAGAAGUGGUACACAAAUAAUCAAAAGGUCAAGAGAUGGUUGUUGAUGUCUAUGUCACCAGAGAUCAUGAAGAGAUAUAUUCGGUUACCUACUGCUCGAGAGAUUUAGGAUGCAUUAUCUAAAGCCUUUUAUGAUGGAGAUGAUGAGAUGCAGGUAUUUACUCUAAAUCGACGAGCGUUUUCGGCAAAACAAAAUGGCAGAGCACUCUCGAUUUAUUAUGGGGAACUAACUGAAAUAUUUGGAGAGCUGGAUCACCUUGACAAGGUGGUUAUGGAGAAUCCAAAUAAUAUUGAAGCCUAUCGAAAAUCAAUUCAUCGCCUAAGGGUGCAUAUCUUCCUUGCUGGAUUAGAUGAAAGUUUUGAGCAGAUCCGUGGUGAAAUCUUGAGGAGGGACCCUAUUCCUGAAUUGGAAUCAUGUUAUGCACUUGUUCGUCGUGAAUCUGUUCGACGUACAACGAUGGCAAAAGAAUCAGAAGAAGUUGAACCUGCUGCUAUGGCAACUCGAAACCGGUACAAUCAAAAAGGGUCUUUUCAGAGAUACUCAAAGACUGAGGUGGACAAGUCAUCACUUAAGUGUACACACUGUAAUCAACCUGGACAUACAAUUGACAUGUGUUUCGAGCUGGUUGUAUAUCCAAAUUGGUGGGAUCAACCUCUUGAGAGGAAGAAGGAGAUAAAGAAAAAUUCUGGUGCUCAAAUGGCUUCAACAAAGAAAGGAAAUGAUUCCAUGGUAACAUCCGCAUCAGUAGCAAGGGCAGGUAACGAUGGACAUCAAAAUGAAGCAAACGAUUGGUUAUGGUGUUAAGCGUGGGAAGCUAUAUUAUCUGGAAUUGGUGUCAAGUAGUUCGGAUAAGCUGCGUCAAACUCUUCUUGCUGAUGGUUCUGAGGGGGAGAGACAAAAAUAUCAAAUUUUGUUAUGGCAUCGACGAUUGAGACAUGCGUCGUUUGGUUAUUUAAAAAAAAUUAUUUCCUAGUUUGUUUGCAAAAAUUGAUAUUUCUAGUUUUCAUUGUGAAGUAUGUGAACUUGCAAAAAGCCAUCGUGCUUCUUUUCCAUU